GCGGGACCGAGCGCGGCGCAGACGGGAAGUUGCAGCUGCCAGCGAGGCGGACUGAUCGGUUGGAGGCCACACGCCACCCCGAGGCUGCGUAGGCCGCGUGGAGGGAGACGCCGCAUCGGGGGUCUGGGAUCGGAAGCCGCAGACCCGCAGCCACUAAAGCGACCGAGGAUUUGUAGGUGGAAGGCAGGCAUGGUCAGGCCCAUUUCACUGACAGGAACGCAGAGACAGGACGUGUCUCUCCCCACGUUUUUCAGCCAGUAAAAGCAGUCAAGCUGGAGCCCAAAGCCAGGUGUUCUGAAUCCCAGCGGGGGGCUCCCUGCACCAACCAUGAGUCGCCUGCUCUGGAAGAAAGUGGCCGGCGCCACCGUCGGGCUAGGGCCGGUUCCAGCUCCGGGACGCUGGGUCUCCAGCUCCGACUCCGUCACCGUCCCCAGCGACGGGCAGCUGCAGUCGCCGCAGCCGCAAGUGCCAUCCUCGGAGGGCGGCCAGUUGCGGCACAACCCACUGCACAUCCAGAUGCUCUCGAGAGGGCUUCACGAGCAAAUCUUCGGGCCCGGCGGGGAGAUGCCCGGCGAGGCCGCGGUACGCCGCAGCGUCGAGCACCUGCAGAAGCACGGGCUCUGGGGGCAGCCGGCCGUUCCCUUGCCCGACGUGGAGCUGCGCCUUCCGCCCCUCUACGGGGGCAGCCUGGACCAGCACUUCCGCCUCCUGGCCCAGAAGCAGAGCCUGCCUUACCUGGAGGCGGCCAACUCGCUUUUGCAGGCCCAGCUGCCCCCGCGGCCCCCGAGCUGGGCCUGGGCGGAGGGCUGGACCCGGUACGGCCCCGCGGGGGAGGCCGUACCCGUGGCCAUCCCCGAGGAGCGGGCCCUGGUGUUCGACGUGGAGGUGUGCUUGGCAGAGGGAACUUGCCCCACGCUGGCGGUGGCCAUAUCCCCCUUGGCCUGGUAUUCCUGGUGCAGCCGGCGGCUGGUGGAAGAGCGUUACUCUUGGACCAGCCAGCUAUCGCCGGCUGACCUCAUUCCCCUGGAGAUCCCUGCCAGUGCCAGUGGCCCCACCCAGCGAGACUGGCAAGAGCAGUUAGUGGUGGGGCACAAUGUUUCCUUUGACCGGGCCCAUAUCAGGGAGCAGUACCUGAUCCAGGGCUCGCGCAUGCGCUUCCUGGACACCAUGAGCAUGCACAUGGCCAUCUCAGGGUUAAGCAGCUUCCAGCGCAGCCUGUGGAUGGCAGCCAAGCAGGGCAAGCACAAGGCCCGGCACCCCACACAGCGAGGCCAGAAGGUCCAGGGCAAAACCAACGGCCCAGCGAUCUCAUCCUGGGACUGGCUGGACAUCAGCAGUGUCAAUAACCUAGCAGAUGUGCACAGCCUCUAUGUGGGGGGGCCUCCCUUAGAGAAGGAGCCUCGAGAACUGUUUGUCAAGGGGAGCAUAAAGGACAUCCGUGAGAACUUCCAGGACCUGAUGCAGUACUGUUCCCAGGAUGUGUGGGCCACCUACGAGGUUUUCCAGCAGCAGCUACCACUCUUCUUGGAGAGGUGUCCCCACCCGGUGACUCUGGCCGGCAUGCUGGAGAUGGGUGUCUCCUACCUACCUGUCAACCAGAACUGGGAACGUUACCUGGCGGAGGCGCAGAACACCUACGAGGAGCUCCAGCGGGAGAUGAAGAAGUCGCUGAUGGACCUGGCCAAUGACGCCUGCCAGCUGCUCUCCGGAGAGAGGUACAAAGAAGACCCCUGGCUCUGGGACCUGGAGUGGGACUUGCAAGAGUUUAAGCAGAAGAAGGCAAAGGUGAAGAGGAAGGAGCCGGCCGCCGCCAGCGACUUGCCCAUCGAGGGGGCUGGGGCCCCUGGGGAUCCCAAGGACCAGGAAGACGCCGGCCCCCCGAGUGAGGAGGAGGAGUCUCAGCGAGAUGCCUUGACCCGUGCCUGCCUGGAGCAGCUGAAGGGGACCACGGAGCUCCUGCCCAAGCGGCCCCAGCACCUCCCUGGACACCCUGGGUGGUACCGGAAGCUCUGUCCCCGGCUAGAUGACCCUGCAUGGACCCCGGGCCCCAGCCUCCUCAGCCUGCAGAUGCGAGUCACACCUAAGCUCAUGGCGCUCACCUGGGACGGCUUCCCUCUGCACUUCUCAGAGCGGCACGGCUGGGGAUACCUGGUGCCCGGGCGGCGAGACAACCUGGCUCAGGUGCCGGUGGGCACCAGCCACGCAUCGACGGGGGUGGCCUGCCCCUACAGAGCCAUCGAGUCCCUGUACAGGAAGCACUGUCUUGAGCAGGGGAAGCAGCAGCUGGAACUUCAGGAGGCGGCCCUGGCCGAGGAGUUCCUGCUCAGUGAGAGCAGCGUGUGGCAGACAGUGGAAGAACUGGGCUGCUUCGAGGUGGAGGCUGAGGUCAAGAUGGAGAAUUUGCACGCAGUAGUUCCAGGUCAUCCCCCAGCUCUGACUGGUGCUGGUGGCCCGCCAGCCAGCCAGCCAGCCUAUCACCAUGGCAAUGGACCUUACAACGACGUGGACAUCCCUGGCUGCUGGUUCUUCAAGCUGCCUCACAAGGAUGGUAACAGCUGCAAUGUGGGCAGCCCCUUUGCCAAGGACUUCUUGCCCAAGAUGGAGGAUGGCACCCUGCAGGCUGGCCCAGGAGGUGCCAGUGGGCCUCGUGCCUUGGAAAUCAACAAAAUGAUUUCUUUUUGGAGGAAUGCCCAUAAACGUAUCAGCUCCCAGAUGGUGGUGUGGCUGCCCAGGUCGGCUCUGCCCCGUGCUGUGACCAGGCACCCACAUUAUGAUGAGGAAGGCCGCUAUGGGGCCAUCCUGCCCCAGGUGGUGACCGCUGGCACCAUUACCCGCCGGGCCGUGGAGCCCACAUGGCUCACUGCCAGCAAUGCCCGGCCCGACCGAGUAGGCAGCGAGCUGAAGGCCAUGGUGCAGGCCCCGCCUGGGUACGUCCUCGUGGGUGCUGAUGUGGACUCACAGGAGCUGUGGAUCGCAGCUGUGCUUGGAGAUGCCCACUUUGCUGGCCUGCACGGCUGCACUGCCUUCGGGUGGAUGACCCUCCAGGGCCGGAAGAGCAGGGGCACUGACCUUCACAGCAAGACAGCUGCCACAGUGGGCAUCAGCCGUGAGCACGCCAAAAUCUUCAACUACGGCCGCAUCUACGGGGCGGGGCAGCCCUUCGCGGAGCGCCUGCUCAUGCAGUUCAACCACCGGCUCACGCGCCAGGAGGCAGCGGAGAAGGCCCAGCAGAUGUACGCCGUCACCAAGGGCCUUCGCAGGUAUCGGCUGACGGAUGAAGGCGAGUGGCUGGUGAGGCAGUUGCACCUCUCCGUGGAGAAGACUGAGGACGGCUGGAUUUCCCUGCAGGAUCUGCGCAAGAUCCAGAGAGAAGCUUCUAGAAAGUCUCGCAGAAAGAAGUGGGAGGUGGUUGCAGAACGCGCGUGGAUGGGGGGCACAGAGUCAGAAAUGUUCAAUAAGCUGGAGAGCAUUGCCACGUCCGACACACCACGUACCCCAGUGCUGGGCUGCCGCAUCAGCCGAGCCCUGGAGCCCUCGGCGGUCCAGGGAGAGUUCAUGACCAGCCGUGUGAACUGGGUGGUGCAGAGCUCCGCCGUGGACUACCUGCACCUCAUGCUCGUGGCCAUGAAGUGGCUGUUUGAGGAGUUUGCCAUCGAUGGGCGUUUCUGCAUCAGCAUCCACGACGAGGUCCGUUACCUGGUGCGUGAGGAGGACCGCUACCGCGCGGCGCUGGCGCUGCAGAUCUCCAACCUGCUGACCAGGUGUAUGUUCGCCUACAAGCUGGAUCUCAAUGACUUGCCCCAGUCAGUCGCCUUUUUCAGCGCAGUCGAUAUUGACCAAUGCCUCAGGAAGGAAGUGACCAUGGAUUGUAAAACCCCUUCCAACCCAACUGGGAUGGAAAGGAGAUACGGGAUUCCCCAGGGUGAAGCGCUGGAUAUUUACCAGAUAAUUGAACUCACCAAAGGCUCCUUGGAAAAACGAAGCCAGCCUGGACUGUAGCUAUGCCUGGAGGCUCUGUAUUUGCUCCCGUGGAGCUUCAUCUGGGUGGUAAAGGCUCCCCAACUCAGGCUUUCAGCUGUGCUUUUUUUAGUAGCAGGACCUUUCGAGAAAGAUCGCCUGUAACUGAAGGUGCAGUUGAGUUCAGUGGG